GCGCUCCGGAGGCGGCGUGACGCGGCUGUGCUCGCGGUGGACCCGGUCCACGUCUGUCCCUCGGACACAGGGUUGACGGGAGGUGAUCCCCACCAUGUGAGGGGGCGGCGUUGGGACGAGAGGCGUGUUUUUGCUUUCUCCUCUUUUUCCUUUUUUCAUGUUGGAGACGCGGCUGUACCUGCUAUAAAAGACUGUCCCAGCCUCACGCUGGAGUUUCUCCGCUCUCACAGGAGACGAGUGUCCGCUGCAUGUCCGCCUGACACGGCUCCGGGCGCCUCCUCGGGACGAUGCACGACUCCGGGGGGGUCCAUAUGUCCGGAGGGGUCCAGAUGUCCGGAGGGGUCCAUAUGUCCGGAGGGGUCCAGAUCUCUGGGGGGGUCCAGAUGGCGCGGGCGCUGAAGCACGCGGCGCUGUGCCUGAUGCUGCUGCCGCGCUUUCUGCUCGCCGCGGUGAUGCUGUGGCUGCUGGACUUCCUGUGCAUCCGGAGGAAAAUGCUGCUGAAGAUGGGCCAGGGGCAGGACGGGGCGGACGACCCGCCCGUGUGCGUGUCGGACGAGAAUAAGAUGUUUACGGUUGAGUCGCUGCGGGCGGUGUGGUACGGACAGAAACUGGACUUUCUGAAAUCCGCGCACCUCGGGCGGACUGCGCCGAACACAGAAGUGGUGCUGGUGCACGAGCGCAGGCCGGUGCGGCUGCUGGACUGUAUGAAAGGGAAGAGACCGCUGAUCCUCAACUUCGGCAGCUGCUCCUGACCGCCGUUCAUGAUGCGGCUGGCCGCCUUCCAGAGGAUCGUGCGCCAGUACGCAGACAUUGCGGACUUUCUGGUGGUGUAUAUAGAGGAGGCGCACCCGUCCGACGGCUGGGUGAGCACGGACGCGCCGUUCCAGAUUCCCAAGCACCGGUGCCUGGAGGACCGGCUCCGAGCGGCGCAGCUGAUGCUGUCCGAGGUCCCGGGCAGCAACAUCGUGGUGGACAACAUGGACAACUCGUCCAACGCGGCGUACGGAGCCUACUUCGAGAGACUUUACAUCGUGAGGGACGAGCAGGUGGUGUACCAGGGCGGCAGGGGCCCCGAGGGAUACCGCAUCUCAGAGCUCCGAAACUGGCUGGAGGAGUACAGGAACAAUGAGCUGCACUCGGCUGUGCUGCAUGUGUAACACCGCUCUCACACCGGAGCUCCUCACACACCGGAGCCCCUCACACACCGGAGCCCCUCACACACCGGAGCCCCACACACACCGGAGCACUCACACACAGCCCCUCACAUACCGGAGCCCCUCACAUCCCGCCCCACACACCGCCCCGGAGCCGCUGUCACACCGGUGCGCUCCGGUCUCUGCCUCUGGACUUUUCUCUGUUAUGUCUAUGCAACUCAGCCCCAGUGUCCGCGCGAACAGCUGCUCUCCCAAAAUCUAGACCUGGAGCCUCGUCUCCAUGGAAACUGUCACUUGGUCCCCCUCUGAGCGCGCCAUGAGGACGGCUCCAUGAGGACGGCUCCAUGAGGACGGCUCCAUCCUCGUGACGCAUGACGCACUUUGGCGCGCGCUCUCAUCUUUUUCCCAGUUUUAUGUUUUGUUUUUUCAUGUUUUUAAGCGCGGCGUGGUUCAGUAGCGGGGACAUGUGACCGGGGCCCGCGCGUGUGGAGCCGGCUCCUCUGGCUCUUCUGUGAACCGCUUGUGUCCAAACCACAGCUGCUGCUCCAGUGUUCACCAUGGCACAUUCACCAUGGCACAUUCACCAUGGCACAUUCACCAUGGCACAUUCACCAUGGCACAUUCACCAUGGCACAUUCACCAUGGCACAUUCACCAUGGCACAUUCACCAUGGCACAUUCACACGGUGGUGUUUCUGUGCUGGACUCUUUUGUCUAAAGUGACGUGUCAAACUCCAGGCUCUGCUGCUUCUUCUUCUGUGCUCGUGUGACCCGCUCGCGCCUAUAACAGUUAUAUUUUGUAUUGAAAAGAUCUAUAUAAAUGGAAUUAAUGGGUUAUAUUACGUAGUGAUCACUAUAUUUUUCUACUGUACCGAAAAGUGUGAGUGGAAACAAGGCUGAGUGCGCACGCGCUGCAAACAUCACAUCUGCACGAGAUGAUUUUAAAAUACUGAUGGUGUAAUUUUGACUUUUCCUUUAGACUUUAUAUUCUUCUUAAUAUGUUUCAUUUGUGUUUCUUAGUUGAAAUAAACCUGCACUUAGUAAAUGUAAAAACGCAGAUGGCACAUGUUUUAGAACCAGAUCAGCAGGGCCGGCUCCAGCUCUCAGGGGGCCCUGGGCUGAAUAUGUCUCUGUGGCCCCCUCCUCUCAGGGGCCCUAAACUGAAUGUGUCUCUGGGGCCCCUUCCUCUCAGGGGCCCUAAACUGAAUGUGUCUCUGGGGCCUCUUCCUCUCAGGGGCCCUGGGCUGAAUGUGUCUCUGGGGCCCCUUCCUCUCAGGGGCCCUAAACUGAAUGUCUCUGGGGCCCCCUCCUGGUUCAGCUGCUUGUGAUUCACAUUUGACACAUUCUGACUCUCAUCACUUUGACCAGUUGUUUUUGUUUUUAUCUGAACAACAUCAGACUGAAAACAUCCAGAACGACACAACUACAACAACACAACAACAACACAACAACAACACAAACAUGUAAGAACAACACAAACGUAUAAGAACGACACAAACGUAUAAGAACGACACAAACAAAUAGAACAACACAAACAUAUAAGGGGUCAAGAUUUUUUGUUCUUUUAUUUUUACUUUUUGUUUGUUUCUGGUGGAUUUUAAUGUGUUCAGUUGUGUGUUCAGUUGUGUGUCCAGUUGUGUGUUUCUUACAUUUCCAUGAUGUCGGGUCCUUGCUCCGGUGUAAACACAGAGCUGUCCUCACCUCUGCCCGACUCAAAAUCAAACACAGCAGCAGAGAUUUUGCUGCUAUAGAUAUAAAACAAAUGAAAUUGUUUUAGAGGAUAAUUACACUGUAAACACACAAGCCCUGUGUCCAAUAAAACCUGAUAUAUUGUAUUAUUUUCAAUAUAAAUGUAUGGGCUCUUGGGGCCCCCUGGUGGCCUCGGGGCCCUCAGCAGUUGCUCAGUCUGCUUAAAGGCUGGACCGGCCCUGCAGAUCAGUAUCGUUAAACCAGUCACAUGACCUCGUGCAGCAGUGAUUUUUGCAUCGUGCAGGUUUGAUUUUUUUGCAUCGUGCAGGUCUCUCCGCUCUGGUGUCUUCUUGAAGUUCGGUUUUUAAAAGGCAAAAGCCAGAAAACUGGUACGGAUGUUCUAUCGACACUGGAGCGGGUUCACCUUUGGCACGAGGCCUCGCGAGAUUUGGGGCGAGAGCGAGGGGACGAUACGGCGAUAACCACAGACUGAUGAUGUAACGCGUCUGAGUCCAUGUAAAAAUGAACAAAUGUUUUUAAUAAAUGUCAGAACACAA